UUAAUUCUAAACUGUUGGGGAGGAAAAAAAUUAACCUGUCAAUCAAAAACAUGAGUCAGAAUCCAUCAAAAAGGCUACUGUUUUUAUUCCUUUGCUCCCAUUUUCUCUUCAUCUUACUAGUUUCCGAGGCAUUAGACACGAUUACUACAGAUAAAUCCAUUAGAGAAGGUGACACAGUUGUUUCAGCUGGUGGGAUUUAUGAACUUGGAUUUUUCAGCCCUGGAAAUUCCAAGAAUCGUUACGUUGGCAUAUGGUACAAGCAGAUAUCACCUAGAACUGUUGUCUGGGUUGCAAACAGAGAUAUUCCACUUGAUGACACUUCAGGAGUGUUAACACUUAAACCCAAUGGGAUUCUUGUACUAGUUGAUAAUUUCAAUGUCUCGAUUUGGUCAUCAAAAUCGUCAAGAUCCUUAAAGAAUCCAAAAGCACGGAUUCUGGAUUCGGGGAACCUUGUUGUGAAUGAUGGAAAUGAAAGAGACCUGGAAAUUAAUUUUGCGUGGCAAAGUUUUGAUUAUCCAGGAAAUACUUUGUUACCUGGCAUGAGGCUUGGACGUAAUUUGGUCACGGGCAUGGAUUGGUACACAUCCUCAUGGAAGAGCAGUGAUGAUCCUGCUCCUGGUGAAUAUAUAAACCGUCUUGAUACUCAUGGAUACCCGCAAUUGUUUGUGUUGAAAAAAUCAUCUAUAGUGUCUAGCUCAGGGAUAUGGAAUGGUAUUGCAUUUAGUGUUAGUCCAAAUAGUAAACCAAAUACACAUUACACUUUCAAGUUUAUUAUUAAUCAGCAGGAAAUUUCCUACCAUUACAAGCUUAAGAACGAGUCACUGCCCAGCAGGAUGGUGCUCAACCCGGAAGGGGUGAUAGAACACCUAACAUGGAUUGAGCGCAAUCAGAGCUGGUUUCUAUACCUGACAGUACAACUUGAUAAUUGUGAUCGUUUUGCUUUAUGUGGUCCUUAUGCAAGUUGCAACAUCAAUAACUCCCCUCCAUGUGACUGCCUUCAAGGUUUCAAGCCUAGGGAUCCUCAACAGUCAGCAGCUGAUUGGUCUAGUGGUUGUGUAAGGAGAACUUCUUUGGAUUGUAACAAAGAUGAUUUUCUUAAACUUACGGGCAUCAAGAUGCCGGAUUCAAGAAACUCCUGGUAUAAUGAGAUCAUUAACCUUGAAGAAUGUGAGAAAUUAUGCUUAGCUGAUUGCAACUGUACAGCCUACUCAAAUCUUGAUGUUAGAAAUGGCGGAAGUGGAUGCAUACAAUGGUUUGGAGAACUCAUUGAUAUUAGAGAGUUGAGCCAAAAUGAGCAAAACCUGUUUGUGAGAGUUUCUGCUUCAGAAAAAGGCACGAAGAGGAGGAGAAAGAGGUCAGUCCUGAUUGGUGUCAUUUCAGCAGUGGUAGCAACAUUUAUUCUCAGCAUUUUAGCUUGGUUUUCCUUCCAAAGAAGAACAGAAUGUAUAUUGACAGGUUUAGAAGUUGAAAAUGAGGACAUGGAGCUUCCAUUGUUCGAUUUAGUUACUGUUACUAGUGCCACUGAAAACUUCUCUUCUGCGAAUGUGAUUGGGGAAGGUGGCUUUGGACCGGUUUACAAGGGUAUCCUACCAAAUGGACAAGAGCUAGCAGUAAAGAGGCUAUCAAAGCAUUCCGGACAAGGCUUUCAAGAGUUAAAAAAUGAAAUCGUUCUCAUUUCUAAGCUGCAACAUAGGAACCUUGUCAAGCUAUUGGGUUUCUGUCUUGAAGGAGAAGAAAGGAUGCUAAUCUAUGAGUUUAUGCCCAACGCUAGCUUGGACUAUUUCAUUUUUGAUCCAAGCAGAAAAGCUUCACUCGCAUGGAAGGAACGCUUUGAAAUUGCUAUGGGAAUAUCUCGAGGUCUUCUUUACCUUCACCAGGAUUCAAGAUUAAGAAUUAUUCACAGAGAUCUCAAAACCAGCAACAUUUUAUUAGAUAGUGACAUGAAUGCCAAAAUUUCUGACUUCGGCCUUGCCAAAAUAUUUGGUGGAGAUGAAGUGGAAGGAAAAACUAAUAGAGUAAUAGGGACAUAUGGAUAUAUGUCACCGGAGUAUGCUGUUGAUGGGAAGUAUUCAGUUAAAUCAGAUGUAUUCAGUAUCGGCGUAAUCAUUCUUGAAAUAGUUAGUGGCAGAAAGAACAGGAAAUUUCAUCAUUUGGAACAUCAUCACAAUCUUUUGGGACAUGCAUGGUUACUUUGGACUGAAGGGAAAGCGUUGGAACUGAUAGACGAACAUAUCAAAGAAUCAUUUUCAGAAUCUCAAGUGUUGAGAUGCAUCCAGGUUGGUUUGUUAUGCGUCCAAAAACUCCCAGAUGAUAGGCCUACAAUGGCAUCAGUAGUUUUCUGGUUGGGAAAUGAAGGCCUGGUUCUUCCUCAGCCAAAGAAACCUGGUUUUUUUAUCGAGAGGAAUACAACGGAAUCAGUAGAGUCAACUGAUGAAGGAUAUGUAAGUAACAGCAUGUCAAUAACAAUUCUAGGGCCAAGAUAGACAUAAAAUCCAUCAAUUGGAACUUUUGAAAUGUAUCAACUUUGUCCUGUUU